GCGUCGUCCAUUACAAAUUUACUAUUAGAUAGCUUCUCCGCACUGGCUCAAGUCGCGCCCGCUACAACUUUUUGCGCGUCUCAACAGAGACAUCACGAUUAUUCCCUCUUUCCCCCGCCCACGAUCAGCAAAUCAAACUGGGUUCGGUUUAUUCCCAGCAACACAUGGUCAAUUCAGUGCACCUCGCUACAAGCUUCAGAACCUCAAGGGUGUGAUGCAUGCGUCCCAGCCGAGGUAGCGCAAUUUGGCGCAUUCAGUUGACCUUAAUCUGAUCCGAUUGUCAAGUCGUACUCCGUACCAACCGUCACGAUGCCGAGUGCUAUGCACCCCCAGGCCAAGUUCGACCCGAUCCCACCGGACCUUCAUCUUGAGUCUCUUGUCGAGAACACGCCAAACUUCAACUGGGUCGUGAGGAUCCCCGCCUCCAAGAUCAAUCGAUUCGGGCCCCAAGGUUUCGAGAAACUCGUACUCCUCCACGUCAUCCAUGGCGGGAAGCCGCUGGUCAUUGAGGGCUGGAACGAUAGGCUCGAUCCGUCCCUCUUCAGUGCACGAUGGCUCGAAAGUGCUUACGACAAGAAGGAGGAGCCAGUGCGCGACAUUGGCGGGCAAACGGACAUGCGCAUGACCAUCGGCCACUAUCUCCGCUCCAUGCCUCAGCUUACCAACCAGUGGACACCUUCAAACUUUCGCGAGGAACGGAGACAGCGGCUCUACCUCAAGGAUAUCGACUGUCCGCCAGAGUGGCAUGACCGACUACGCAAAAUCCUGCCACCCAACGUCUUUUACAUGAACGACAAUAUCGAUAAGCGGGGCAACGAGAUAGAUAUGGAUUCGUUUGGAGAGACUGGCUGCGCACCUGCCGGCGAUCUCAUGAGCUGUCUACCGGAGGAGAUGCGUGCCCAGAAUCUCAUGUGCUACAUUGGCCAUGAGGGUACAUAUACCCCCGCUCAUCGCGAAAUGUGUGGCAGUUUGGGCCAGAACAUCAUGAUCGAAGCUUCGGGUGGUGACAACGGAGAGAAGCCGGGAAGUUCCAUCUGGUUUAUGACCGAGACCAAGGAUCGCGAAGUUGUCAAGGAGUACUUUCUCUCCAUGCUGGGUCACGACAUCGAGAUCGAGAAGCAUUUUGCCCAAGUAAAUGCCUGGAAGAAGGCUAGCUUUCCUGUAUAUGUCGUCGAGCAAAAGCCGGGAGACUUCCUCCUCAUUCCGCCGCUGGCACCUCACCAGGUCUGGAACCGAGGCACCCGCACCAUGAAGGUAGCCUGGAACCGUACCACUGUCGAAACCCUUGAGCUUGCUAUUCACGAGGCUUUACCCAAGGCGAGACUUGUCUGCCGUGAUGAGCAGUACAAGAACAAGGCCAUCAUCUACUAUGCUCUGAAGAAAUACUACAAAGACAUCCAGAGCAUGGAUGACAAUGCUGAUAUUGGGAUGCUCGGUUAUGGCCACGACUUGGUCAAAAACUCGACGCGGUCGAAGCAAAUGAUGCAGGAUUUCAAAAAGCUAUUUGCGCUAUACACUGACAUCCUUGUGGACGAAAUGUUUGGCACCAAAGAGGCCAACGUCGAAUAUAUCGAGUUCGACUCCAACAUUACAUGUUCUUAUUGCCGAUGCAACAUUUUUAACCGCUUUUUGACUUGCAAACACUGUAUCAGGAUGCUAACCACCGGCGAUGAGGAUACGUACGAUAUCUGCAUGGAGUGCUAUGCCAUGGGGCGCUCCUGCGUGUGCGUAUCGAAACUGAGCUGGUGCGAGCAGUGGAACUGGUCUGACCUUGUGCAAAAUUACGAGGAAUGGCGUACCAUGAUCAUCCAGGAUGACGGCUUUAUUGACAUAAACAACUCACCCCUCCCUCUUGAGAUUAUGAGAAAAAAGGCAGGCCGGAAAUCGGUGGCACAGAUUUGCCAGGAACAACUCCGACGACGGCCUUUUAACGACAUCACGAAAGUGGAGCAGCCGGAAACUUUGGAACCGUCUGAUGUUGAAAUUGACGGCGAGGGCCGGCCGGUAAAGAAGAAGAAGAAUCGCCGCAAGAAGAAGGCAGGCGAGACUUACCGCUGCCACGUCUGUUGUCAUAGGGACAACACUUUUCGUCUCGCCUUUUGCUCCAACAUCGGUUGUGCUGAGGCGUAUUGCUACGGUACGCUCUACCGCGCUUUCGACCUCAUGCCACAAGAUGUUUUGCGGACGGAGAACUGGAAAUGUCCAAAAUGUUUGAAGAUCUGCAAUUGUGGCUCAUGCCGCAAGGCAAACAACACAACACCUUAUACCCCAAAGAAAACCCUGCUAGGCCAUGACACGAAUCGUGUUGCAGAUGACCGCAGCAAAGAACUUUUGGUCGAUUUCCGGGUCCAUAACCUGACCUGGCUCAAAGCUACCGGAGAGGAAAGCCGAAGCCACAAUUCCAAGCGUCUGCAACGUCUCAAGGAGCAGGCAGAUGCCGAAAAGGCCAAGGACGACACCACAAAUGAUGUUGACGUAUCCAUGUCCGGCACUGGUGACAAUGUGGCACAAGAGCAGCAGCAACCAGUUCAAGUUGGUUAUGGCGAUCAGAGUGCCAUUCUGGAUACAGACAACUAUGGUCAGCCAGAGAUGGCACAGGACGGUACCUCUGGAGAUCCGAUCGACGCCCAUGGCGAGCCUGAUGACAUGUUUGUUACGGGUGCUGCGGUUGAUAGCACGCCUUACCCUGAUCCUCUUGGCGACCGGGACCGCAUGGUUGGGUUGGGCUAUUAUGAGCAAGACGGUCCCGACAGGAUUUUGUUCGACGACUUCGAGGCCCCUGACUUGAACGCCCUCGAACAAGAGGAGGAGAAUGAAUAUCUGCAGAAAAUGUUGCAAAAGGCUAAGCGGAAGGCCAAGAAAGACGAUGAUGACGAUCCGGACUUCCGCGGUCCCAAAUCAUGGAGGAAGAAAUCCAGAAAUGACACCAUGGCGACUGCACUAUACAACGCCAUGGUCGACCCGUCAUUGUUGUCCGCUGGCGGCGACACUCAGAUCGCCCCGGCCGGAGACGUGGCCCUGGAGGAUGGAGUUGAGGUUCAUCCCUCGACCAAUGCACCGAUUCCUGGCGAACCGAACCAGCCUAUUCUCCGACAUGCAAAGCCGAUGGUCUCGUACGUGGAGCCUGAUGAGGGCUUUGAAGAAUUCAACGAGGUCUAUGAAGCGGCACCAAAGAGAGACUUCCCGUCCCAGGUAGACUUUACUAGGGAUCACACUACUGGCGCUGAUCCCUUAGACCUCGCCGCCGAGGCUAUGCGAACUCUCCUCGGCGGAAGCGAUGGUGAUGGCUUCAUGGGUGACGCUCUCGACCCGUCGCAAAAAACUGCACCCAUUGCAGCUCGUGCAGAGCCAUCUCGUCCACGCGGCAGGCCAGGUCGACCAAAACGCCAAUCUGAGCGGCUCCGGCUAGCAGAUGCCGUACCUGAACCCACUGCACCCAAGCCAAGAAAAUCACGCACGUCGACGUUGGCCAGCCAGGGAUUGGAUCGUGCGGCAGACGAUGACGACGCGCAACCUGCCGAGCAACCAGAUGCCGGCGAUAUUCAGCAACGACCCGCUCCUGGACCGCGGAAACGCGGCAGGCCCCGUAAGAUUCGGCCAAUAGAAGAUGCGGCAUCACGAUCGCCGUCUCCUGACACACCUAAGUACAUGUCCAUGGCGGAACGUAUGGCACUUCGGGGAAAGAAGCUCAAGGUUGCUAAGAGCAGGCAGGCCAUCAACCGCCCAUCGACGAAACCUUCCCAGUCAGAAGCAAGUACACCAUCCACGCAGCAUGCUAAUACCCCCACACCUGUUGAGUUUGAAAGCGCAGCGCGGCCUGUUACAAGGGGGUCUGUAGGCUGGCCGAAGAGAACUCAGGAGCAUGAAGAACGAGAGCAUAUAGGUCACAGCAGCAGUGUUGCGGAAGAACAACAGCGUGAGCAGGAGCAGGAGCAGGACAGUAACAAGCAAAGUGAGGAUGACGACUUUGUCCUGGCCGCGGAGGAGCCAGAAAGCAGGCCCAGCACUUCUGUGUCUGUCUCGUCUAGUUCCGUUUCUGCUUUUGCGCCGCGUCCUGGACCUCCUGGAUCUCAGCUCCGCUACCCCCAACCGGCCUCGGUUCCCAAAGCUAACCCAGGUCCCACAGUGGUCAGGCUUGGAGAUUUGGAUCUUGAUCAAGACGACAGCGAUGAUUUCAUGGACGGUCUGGAUGACAACAUCUCCCUUUCCGACUCUGGAAGCGAUGACGACGAUGAGGGCAUUCCAGCUUAUGUGAAGCCCAAACCGGUAGCCACCAGGGGAAGGGGAAGGCCACGUGGUGGCCGGGCCAUUAGGGGAGGAAGAGGUCGUGGCAGAGGUCUGAGGUGAUGUGGCAUGACUGACGGUGAUAUAUCUUGGUGACGCGGAGAAUUUAAUGAGGAAAGCCGGACUAUGCGAGACAUUGGUUCCGGUAUUUAUUUGAAGCAACUGACGUGGGACUUCAUAUAUCCCCAUUCGCUUUAUGUUUGAUAUACCAAUACACCAUGGUUUUAGUGCUUUUUAUUCCUCGAUAUCGGAACCUUUCACGCCAGAAGCCACUGUUCCAGGGCAUUUUUACUCAAUGGUGAAGUGCCGUAUUGUCGACCUGAAAUUUAGCCACGUAGCUGUGUC